GGCAGUGCGUCGCUGCCGACAUCGCAGUGCGCAUCAGUGUCAGUGCGCGCCGAGUAACAGUGUGCGGAACUAUUUCUCGUGUGCCAAUAAAAAUAGAGGAUUUAAAUCUCAGCAUGGACCCGCCCGUGGACAAACGCCGGACAUUAGUGACCCAACAGUCGACCGUGUGGGCCCGCAGACAACACGCCGUGUGUGUACGAAGGGCGAAGAAGAGAUAUGGACCUAAGGACAACCCCAAUGUGAUCCUGGAUAAUCUGAACAUGACUGUACCUAAGGGCACUAUCUAUGGACUACUCGGAGCCAGUGGUUGCGGCAAGACUACCCUACUCAGUUGUAUCGUUGGACGACGAACACUCAACAGCGGGGAGAUCUGGGUGUUGGGUGGCAAACCUGGAUCAAAGGGUAGCGGAGUACCGGGGCCUCGGGUGGGAUACAUGCCUCAGGAAAUAGCUCUGUAUGGAGAAUUCACGAUAAGGGAGACCAUGAUGUAUUUCGGGUGGGUAUCUGGAAUGACAACCAAAGAAGUUGAUGAAAAAUUGGAUUUUCUGAUAAAUUUACUUCAGCUACCACCCCACAGUCGAGCUGUCAAAAAUCUCAGUGGUGGACAGCAAAGAAGAGUGUCCCUUGCGGCUGUGUUGCUGCAUGAACCAGAACUUCUGAUCCUGGACGAGCCUACCGUAGGAGUAGACCCACUGCUGCGGCAAAACAUCUGGGACCACCUUGUUACCAUCACCAGGGGAGGUACCACCACAGUCAUCAUCACAACACACUACAUUGACGAGACCAGACAAGCUGGACUAAUUGGUCUGAUGCGUGGAGGACGGUUCCUGGCGGAGGAAUCACCAGCAGAUCUUCUACAGAAGCACAACUGUGACUCAUUGGAGAAUGUGUUCCUCAAACUGUCCAUCAUCCAGAACAAGGGCAAGCGUAGACGCAGCAGCAUCCUCAUGGAGGUCACUGCCGCAGCCACCGCUGCCAUGCCGGAUAUUGAAUCUGGGCAUGUCAAUGAAGCUUUUGACAACAGUUCGGAAAUCAGUGGAGAGUUUGGAGAUAACGUUAGUCUUUCAUCAAGAGUUCCUGUUGCGACUGACCCUGUGGAUCCAUUGCCGCCAGACGAAGAGGUGGAUUGGUCGAUGCUCGAUCUCUGUUCAGUUUACAAGAGCCAUCACAUGAAAGCUUUGAUAUGGAAAAAUGCCCUCUGGAUGAUAAGGAACGUUGGAAUAAUGCUGUUUAUCAUCGGACUGCCAGUUAUGCAGAUAAUUCUGUUUUGCCUUUCGAUUGGUAAAGACCCGAGAGGACUCCCGCUCGCCAUAGUCAACCACGAGUUAAACAAAACCUUCCCCCACUGCUCCCAGAUCAGUUCCUUGGACUUUAUUAGCUGUCAGUAUCUCAAACAGCUGGAGAGACGAUCUUUAAAACUGAAAUAUUUUGACAACUACGAGGACGCAGAGCUGUCAGUUCAUGCUGGGAAGGCCUGGGGAGUGUUAGAGUUUCCAGAGGAAUACUCUACCAAACUCCAACUCCGACUUUUGUCAACUACUAGCGCCAACGAGUCUGUUAUUGAGGGCAGCGAGAUCUUUGUAGGACUAGACAUGUCAAAUCAACAAAUCGCUUACAUGCUAAGGAGAGAUCUUUACGCCGCUUAUGAAGAGAUGGGAAAAGUUUACGCUGUUCAUAUGGGACUCAAUCCAGACCUUCUAAAAAUUCCCAUCAGGUUCAACAAUCCUGUUUACGGACCUCCAGUUCCUAAUUUCACUGAUUUUGCCGCUCCUGGAGUAAUGUUAACAAUCAUAUUCUUCCUAGCCGUAGCUCUAACCUCUGGCGCAAUGUUGAUAGAGCGUAACGAGGGAAUUAUGGAGCGAGGACUGGUAUCUGGAAUAACUGGGGUGGAGAUUCUAACAGCACACGUUAUCACACAGUUCCUAGUGAUGUUGGGCCAGUCUGUCAUGGUCGUUGUGUUUGCUCUGUUCGUCUUUGACGUCACCAAUCACGGAGAGGUCAUCUUAGUCCUCGUACUGGUUGUACUGGACGGCAUGUGUGGAAUGACAUACGGUUUUGUUGUGUCCUGUGUCACGGAUAGUGAGAGAAACGCAACAUACCUGGCUCUAGGAAGCUUUCUGCCAUUUGUUAUGCUUUGCGGUGUCAUCUGGCCAGUACAAGGUAUGCACAAAAUCCUUCGCAACAUCAGCUACUUCCUACCACUCACCCUCUCGACGGAGUCUCUACGUUCAAUCCUAGCCAAGGGUUGGUCCAUCAACGAGACAGCCGUCUAUGCGGGCUACAUAUCCAUGAGUACUUGGAUUAUGAUCUUCAUGGUCUCGAGUGUUCUCCUAAUUAAGUUCAAGAAGGGCUAAGUGUCCCGGAACAUAGUAUGUACAUAGAGUAUUAUAGUUCUAAUAAUCUGAAACGUUAUUGUAUAUACGCACUUAAACUUGUUUAUUUGAACUGUCCGGCAAGAUAAUAAGAUUUUGUGAGUGAAAAUAUUAAAUCAAAAUGUGUGCAAUAAAACAGUAUUUAAUGAUAAAUUAAGUUGAAUGAAAUCAUAGUGAUAUAUGUUUCAAAUAUGAAACAAAAUGGUUAGUGAUUUAUUACUUCCAUACCUAAAGUCAUUUAGACACAAAUUUUUGUCUUUAUUCGUACCCUUAAAAUUAAAUGUAAGAAAAAAUCAUAUUAUUGAUAGUGACAAUGAUAGAAUCACUUUAACCCACUUUAAUGUUUGCUUUAAUUCACACCGUACCUAAAAGGUAAACACGCAUGAGGUAAUGUUUGAUGUAUGAUGAUAUGAGCAAAAACAAAUUAUGUUGUUAAGUAGUCUUAAAUUUACCAAUUGCUUCACUGAUUCCUUUCAAUUUAAAUUUUAUUUUAAUUCUUGAUGUAUAAUAUAAUUAUAAUAUUUAUGGUGAUACUCAAUCACUGAAUUGUUAAUCUUAUGAGUAUGUUUUUAAGUGUUACUCUCUCUUGUAUAUAUAAUGUAUUUAUACC